AUGUAUGAAGUGAUCAAAAGAUCCUUGAAAGACAUGUGGAUGGACUGCAUUGCUCAAGAUGGAAACUCACAGGCCAGUAAGAUUGCAGGUCGCAGGAAGAGAACAAGUUUCACCAAAGAGCACUUGGAGCUACUUAAAAUGGCUUUCAGAGUGGACCCCUACCCUGGUAUUAGUGUCAGGGAAAGUCUAUCUCAAGCCACUGGCCUACCAGAGUCACGGAUUCAGGUGUGGUUCCAGAACAAGAGAGCCAGAACCCAAAAGAACAGAGCCACUUGGACCUCACCACAGCUAGACAGUACCUCUCCUCUGCCCAGCCCUUUCCUACCCCCUCACAUGAAUAGUGUUGGGGUCAGUGGCCAACAGAGAGGCAAUCAAGAGUCGUCCUUCAACAUUCAGAUGUCUCAAACAUCUCCUCAGCACUUUACUUUUCCUCCAAGUGACUACAGCACACCUGCCAUUAAGCCUCGACAGAACAGGUUGAUGGGAACCAGCUCUUGUUCUCCCUCUGAUCUGCAAGCUAUGGCAGACAGCUGGAGCUCUGGAGGAUGCACACAGAGCUCUCCUGAGUCUACAUGGAGUCUCCCAGUACAGAGUUUUGGGAAUUCCUACGAGGAUGAGAGUCAUUUCUUCCUCUACCCACCACCUCCUUAUCCUCAUGGAAGUACCAGAGUUGGGUGUGUUAGUGGCCUGGAGUCACUUCCAACUUCUCCGGCCUCUUCUGAUUCUGCAUUUUGGGACAUGGGACUGGAAAAUUGCUCUCCAUCUGUGCCAGGCACCGACUGUGGAAGCCCAUGGAACAGCGUCGCUGAGGAGCAGCCUGUGGCCCCACUUCCAGUUCUGUCCUCACAGUAUCUGGAGGAUGUCCUUGGGGAAAUGGAGCCAGCCUGGUGGAACUUCAAUGGCCAGAUGGAUCUAAAGUAAUCUAGCAAACAUCCAUAAACUAAAGGAGACUAACACUGUUUUAACAUGGGG